AUGGAAACCCGUUUGGAGAUACCUUCUCGUCUCAGAUUGAACAAGUCAGCUCAUUCGUUCGCUGCUACAGUUGCGGACAAUAGCAACUACUACGAUAACAUCACCAUGCACGAUGGAGGUGGAGGGUCGGAAGAUGGAGAUGAUGACGGGAGUACGCCGAGAGUGGGAAUGUCGUCAGUGGAUUCCAACGAAUUGGACGAGCGGCUACAUUUUAGUGCGCAGGCUCAAGCGCAGUCGACUCCGGGCCCCGGACGAGAACGCGAUGCAAUACCGAACGCGUCGAUGGCGACUCCUGCGGAGAGGUUGAGAGCUGUGUUGAGUAGGGCGAGCUCUGCGACGCCUACUGCUCGGCCACUGAAUGUGGCUUCGGAGAGAACACCAAUGCCUAAUCACCCGUCCUCCUUAUUGGGAGCAUCAGAUAUGGAGUCCGAAGACUUCGACACACCUCGGAACGCAGCGAACAACAACAGGAACAACGUACUCUCCACGCCCUUCCCUACGAGUGGCUCUGUGUCGUCUGUACCGCAGAGUGCAGCUCGGGAAAGCCUUAGGAGUCUAUUUAGCUAUGCUACGCGAUCACCUGGAAAUACUCCCGAGCGACCACAAAGGCCCCGAAGAGGGAGUAUGGACUCCAGUAUUGCAGAGGAGAGUCCGAUUAAGUGGUCCAUGUUGAGAGCGAAUGAGAGGGUGAAGAGGCUGAGUUUGAGUGAUGAUGAGAAGGAAAGGAUAAGAGUUUCAAAAUCUGGUUUCACAGAGGGCCUGUCUGAGAGGUCCUUCAAGUCAUCUCAAGCUGCUACGUAUGAUCAGUUACGCGAACGACUUGAGAACUCAGCUGGUGGAGCUGGUACGAGUAAGGGUGCUUCCCAUAUGAAGUCAGAUAUGACGAUCGACAUGGAAGAAGCCACCGAAGUUGAGCAAAGUCUCCUUGAAAACCGACAAGCGCCUAUCAUGUCCACUACACCACCUUUACCUUCCAGCAAUACACUGGGCCAGUCUAUGUCUCAGUUUCCUUCGCAGUUUCUUGGCUCAAAUCUCUUGAUCGACAACUCUGAUAUGCGACGGAUGAUUCAAGACGCGCAAUCUGAAACGACGGACUCAGAAGCACCUGAAUCUAAUCGAAGAGAAAGCAAGACACCGAUAGCUGGACCUUCAUCUAAUCAUCAAAAGCGACCGUCGUUCGUUCGUGAGCGAGCGUUAUCGCAUAGUAGUAGUAUAGGGUCAAUGAGUCCAUCAUCAACUGGCUCAAGACCGACUUCAAGGCAGAGCAUGAAUGACCUUGACGAAGGGCAAAAACGUGAACGCGAACGAGGGUGGAAUCAUCCACUUGGUCCUUACAUGGAGCGACACCGUGCAUCCUCUCCUGGAUUUUCUCCAAUUCAUAGCGGUGGCUUUGCACGUCUACGCAAGACUAGUUUGAGUUCCAUCUCUGGAUCGGAAAGUCAUGAUGGCCGAACAAGUCCCGCGUCCACGGUCAAACGGCUAGGAAAUGGCCAUGGACACUCGAGUUCUAAAUAUUCAACCAUUAGUUUAUCCCGUUUGCCUUCGUCUUCGCCUAAUCACAUACGUGUGAGUGCUAGGACUCGUACAGUGAGCCAGCCGACGAAGCCGAGCAGUCCAGGCAAUUUGACAGGUUCUGUCAGUUCGAACGGCAUUCAGAAAUCUUGGGAUCGCUCACGUACUGUUUCAUUAAUCGCUCGCGACAUCUCACGACCGUCAUCAAGCCAUGCACACACUCCUGCUCAUGCGUCUUCGAGUCAGCAUCAUAACGGCAACCAUGAUGCGGAACAUUUGAGACGCUCGGCAUCGCCAUCUUCGUCACGUUCGUCUUCCCGUGCAUCUUCUCAUCAGUCUGAAGGCACUGUCAAUCGUGUAAACCCUCAUGUUCGGGAACGUAACUGGAAUUCACCUCGUCCCAAAUGGAUCAAUGUUGAACCUGCUCCUGCGCUAUCGACAAAAACAAGGCAACCAGAUGGCGCAAUGCAUACCAGAACUCCACCUGCGGAACACGCACAGCGUCGCGUGACAGCUGCACAUGCGACAGGUUCGAGCCCAUCUAGUAUUCCCAGACUAUCUGUCAAUGGACACACGAAAUCUGCGAAACACGCCGAGGACAGCGAAACUGAUAACCGAUUAUCUAAAGAUCCGGUCUCUUCAUCUCCUGCGACUCGACUCGAACAUGGGAGACAUAACUCCUUUGGAAAGGACAGGGAUACUGGAGGGGCACUAUCUGCAAGUACUAUUCAUAACCACACAUCUACUGGCGGGCGGAGACCUCAUUCACCAGCGAUUUCUUCCAAGGCAAACGAGCAAGUUCGUUCACGGCAUGAGCGGGACGCUGCUCUGCCGCAUGCCAUAUCUCCCACACUUUCACCGGAGCCUGAUGGUGCAAAUGAACCUGAAGAACACGAUACACCAAAGAUAGGAUUACAACGUAUACCGGACUCGCCAACACCGGCUUCUGGGUCCAGGCCCAGUAGUCGUGUCGGCACCACUUCGGGCUUCUCGUCGCAUAUUGCAAUUGACGCAUAUGAUCGUGUGAACGCGUCAGCUACAUCUGCGUCUGCGUCAGUGGCUGAGAAGGCGCGGAGAGGCAGAGAUGGUGAGCAAAGCAGAAAUAUACGGCCUCAAAAAGUCAGUGUACCCUCGGAUCCUCUUGAGCUUCACGAAUCGGAUCUGGAUUCGUUCCAGGAGGAAGAUAUAGUUGCCUCAUCGUCGGCUCCCCGUGUACAUAAUGGGAACGAUUCAUUUGACGAAAAUGAAGCUUCCCCUCAUUCCGAGGAGUUACAGGCGGACAUUAAUGUGUUAGGGCCGCGACAUGGUGGUCGACCAAAUGGACACGCGGUUGACGCAGGCGCGAAAAGGUCAUCGCUUCUGCCGGCAAACUUCUCUCCACCACUCUCACCGCCCGAAUCACCAUCUGAUCCCGUAACGACCACUCCAGAACGUCGCAUCUCUGGAAACUCGUCCAAGAUUGAGUUCAAAUCGCCGUCAACACCAAGGGAUAUACCUGCACUCCCGGACCCUCCAUCAUCGGACGAGGACGCGGAAAGCGACCGAACGCCGCCAGUGCCGCUCAAUCGAAGUAGAUUUGCAGAUAUCAAGACGCCUAGGCCACCUGGCGCAUGGAGCACACCAUUUGCCACACCUGCACCCGCUAUCGCGGCUCGCGUGAGCACGCUGCGGGAUGAAAUGCAUCAUGAAGGGGAGAAGCAUGCCUCGUUGCAAAACCCAAACGAAAUUUACACGCCUCCGGCUUCCUAUUCGCGUGCGACAUCGAUGAUUAUGAAAACGCCAAAGCCGCCAGGCGCCUGGAUGCCGACGCCUGAAACGAUAGCCGCGAAGCGUUUACAGCAGAAGGUACGCUUUGAUGAACAGGAGGUAUCGUCGGCUGCUCCCGCACUAGUACCUGAACGUGACGACAGCUCGUUAAUUUCGGAUCCUCCUGCGACGGACGGCAGCGUGGCGAUGAAAGCCGCCGGAAGGGCGAACCCGCCAUCGCCCCGUUCUCCCGGCCGCAUCCGCGUAGUAGAUGCCUUCGGAAACGAGAUCAAUCCUGCCAAAUCUGAAGUCAGGACAGAGAACCGCAGCAGCGUACAGAAAUUCGGCGAGCUUCACGCCACGGGGAAAGACGAGAAGCCUGGCACGCCUGAUAGGAGAAAGUCGAGAAUCCGUGUUCUUGAUGCAAUGGGCAGGGAAAUCGAUGAGUCUCAGGUACAGGAUGCAACACCACUAGCAUCUACAGCGGAUGAACCGGGAAAACACUUAAAAAAAGCCGACAAGGGCGACAACGUUACGACCUUGUUUCACGCUUUGGAUGGCAAGCUUGAACGCAAGGAGGCGCUUCAGUUGCUUCAGAAGACCAUAGCCGAGCUAAAGGAUGACUUUAAUAGGACCGAUGAUCCCGCGAGUACGCAAACUACCGAUGAAAUUGAUUCCCAAAUGGCGGAUCUAAAGGUACAGUCGAUCAGGGCAAAGGAGGAUCGCGAGCGUUUGUUGGGAAGGAUCAGGGACGCACAAACGGGCGAUCCACCUUCGCGAUCGGCAGCCCUCUGGAACGCCUUGUUGUUUGGCAAAAGCAGGAGCGGUUUGUCGUCUCGUGGCACGUCUUUCAAAGUUUUUGCUGCCCUGGUGUUCCUGCAAGCAGUUAUAUUCUUAGCAUUCUAUCGGUUGACUACACUGGGUGCACGACGACUGUUCUUGACGACUUAUAUUGAUCCUUUUUACCCGGAACUGCAUCUUCACUUUACGAAUCCUGAUCUUGUGCAACUAUCGAUGACAGCCCCUGAUAUGUAUGCUGCUAUUGCUUCCCCUCCAGUCCCUACAACAGGCUGGAUACGAUUUUUUCUUGCCGGCUGGCAUACCAUUCUCAAUAGUUUAUUGGUUCUGAGAGACAGCAUGUGGGACAUCUGGCGCGAUCCUCCUCAAGGUAUUACUUGGCCUCCCACAUGAUCCGUCCGUCCCGCUCGCCCCUACCUUAUCGUCUCAGCACCACCCCACUUUUUUUCUUUAAUUUUAUCUUUUUCAUUUGACAUGCUAUGCCCAAUCAUCACCGCUCC